GGGGGGCGCCGAAGUCUGUAUGGAAUUACCUGCGCCCGCGGCGGAGCUGGCAGCGCUGGAUGGAUGGGCGCCGCGUCCGCGGCACUCGCGGCCAGCUGAGCCCCAGGAGUAAACACGGGGCUUCUCCGGCCGAGUGCGCAGUGUGGUGACCGGCACUCGCCUCGCUGACUGAUCGCACCGGAGGAAUAUUUCGGGAGACUCCUGUGGGAAGCAGCCACGGAAAGACAGAAGAUGAAAGCUCCUAUUCCCAACUUGAUUCUCUUGUAUGCUACUCUGACUCAGAGCUUGAAGGUUGUAACCAAAAGGGGAUCAGCUGAUGGAUGCACUGACUGGUCUGUGGAUUACAAGAAAUAUCAAGUUCUAGUGGGAGAACCUGUUCGUAUAAAAUGUGCACUCUUUUAUGGAUAUAUUAGAGCUAAUUACUCCCUAGCCCAAAGUGCUGGACUUAGUUUGAUGUGGUACAAAAGCUCUGGACCUGGAGAUUUUGAGGAGCCUAUAGCUUUUGAUGGAACCAGAAUGAGCAAAGAAGAAGACUCCAUUUGGUUCAGACCAACAGUGGUACAAGACAGCGGGCUCUAUGCAUGUGUUAUAAGAAACUCAACCUACUGCAUGAAAGUGUCCAUUUCGCUGACGGUGGGUGAAAAUGACACUGGACUCUGCUACAAUUCAAAGAUGAAAUAUUUUGAAAAAGCUGAACUUAGCAAAAGCAAGGAAAUCUCAUGUCCUGAAAUUGAGGAUUUUUUAUUUCCAUUUAGGGAGCCUGAAAUUCUGUGGUAUAAGGAAUGCAAGACAAAGACAUGGAGAUCAAGUAUUGUGUUCAAAAAGGACACUCUUGUCAUUCGGGAAGUUAGAGAGGAUGACAUUGGAAAUUACACUUGUGAGCUAAAAUAUGGAUUCUUUGUUGUCAGAAGAACUACAGAGUUGACAGUUACAGCACCACUAACAGAUAAACCACCAAAGCUUUUACACCCCUUGGAGAGUAAGCUAACAAUUCAGGAGACCCAGUUAGGCAGUUCUGCUAAUCUAACCUGCAGAGCUUUCUUUGGAUACAGUGGAGACGUCAGUCCUUUAAUCUACUGGAUGAAAGGGGAGAAGUUCAUUGAAGAUUUGGAUGAUAGUCGAGUCUGGGAAAGUGACAUUAGGGUUCUCAAGGAACAUCUUGGGGAGCAGGAGGUUUCCAUCUCAUUGAUUCUUGACUCAGUGGAAGAGGCAGACCUGGGAAAUUAUUCCUGCUACGUUGAGAAUGGGAACGGACGCCGGCACGCCAGUAUUCUUCUACACAAAAGAGAGUUGAUGUACACAGUUGAGCUUGCUGGUGGGCUCGGUGCUAUUCUGCUGCUGCUUGUUUGUUUAGUGACUAUCUACAAGUGUUACAAGAUAGAGAUUAUGCUCUUCUACAGAAAUCAUUUUGGAGCUGAAGAACUAGAUGGAGACAACAAAGACUAUGAUGCAUAUCUAUCUUAUACCAAAGUGGAUCCUGACCAGUGGAAUCAAGAAACUGGAGAGGAAGAAAGAUUUGCUCUUGAGAUUCUACCAGAUAUGCUGGAAAAGCAUUAUGGAUACAAGCUGUUCAUACCAGACAGAGAUUUGAUUCCCACAGGAACCUACAUUGAAGAUGUGGCAAGAUGUGUAGACCAAAGCAAGCGACUGAUCAUCGUCAUGACUCCAAGUUACGUGGUAAGAAGAGGUUGGAGCAUCUUUGAACUGGAAACAAGGCUUCGAAAUAUGUUAGUCACGGGAGAAAUCAAAGUGAUACUGAUUGAGUGCAGUGAACUCCGAGGAGUUAUGAACUACCAGGAGGUUGAGGCCCUAAAACAUACCAUCAAGCUCCUCACUGUCAUUAAAUGGCACGGACCAAAAUGCAACAAGUUGAAUUCCAAGUUCUGGAAACGUUUACAGUACGAAAUGCCUUUUAAGAGGAUUGAACCCAUGACAAACGAGCAGGUUUUAGAUGUCAGUGAGCAGGGGCCCUUUGGGGAACUGCAGACAGUCUCCGCAAUUUCCAUGGCCGCUGCCACCUCCACUGCUCUUGCCACUGCCCAUCCAGACCUGCGCUCCACCUUUCAUAACACAUAUCAUUCACAGAUGCGCCAGAAACACUAUUAUCGAAGCUAUGAAUACGAUGUACCUCCUGCCGGCACCCUGCCACUUACCUCAAUAGGUAACCAGCACACCUACUGCAACAUCCCCAUGACACUUAUAAACGGGCAGCGGCCGCAGACAAAAACUAACAGGGAGCAGAACCCCGAAGAGGCUCACACAAACAGUGCCAUACUGCCCCUCUUGCCGCGGGAGACCAGUAUAUCAAGUGUCAUUUGGUGACCGACAUGCAAGGGGCUGUCGACCCCCUUGAGUAGGAGCAGAGUCUGCAGUCUGGUGCCUGGAACUACAUCCUCGACUGCUGCUGUUAAACAUGCAUUACAAUCGAUAACAAACGAGGAAAAACAGGGUCUUGUACAUAUGUUUUUGCAAUUUCUUUGUAGCAUCAGUCUUCCUGUUUUACCCAUGUCUCUUCCCAUUCACAUUUUUGACUUUGUUUUAUAUGUCAUUGGAAUUUGUAUAUUUACAUUUUUUUUUAAAUGAAGAGACUGCUGUAUAGAUAGGAAACUUUUUUGCUUCAUUAGUAUAGUUUUAGACUUUUUGUUUGUUUGUUUAUAACCUCUCUUGGGAAUGCUUGGACAAAGCUAUGUUGAUAUCAGAAGCACCAUCCAUUUUGUUGGCCUGCCUAGCCAUGCCUGCUGCAGCUCACCUCUUUUGGAGAGUUUUUGUUCUUAGAAGGACCCCAUUGCUCACCGAGAGCUCCAGUUUCAUUUCUACUCCCAUAAUGUGCACUGCUCCUUCCCUGCCCUUACAAAGACCCCCAUUUGGGGUAACACUACAGUCUGAUCAUCUAACAUGUAACUUGGUAGAUACCUGUCAAACAAGAGAAAAUGCCCAAUCUGUAUCGGUUGCUUCACAGUAGUCACUAGAGUGUGUAGAAACUAUAGCCGGUUUGGUUUUUGCUUUUUUGGGUUUGUUUUCUUCUUAAUUCUUAUUUUAAGAAUGAGCUGGUUGUAUCCCUUUUAUAAAUAUAAAAGCAACCCUAUUUUUAACACAUCCGGGAAAAGUAUUAAUGUGGUUGUGGAUUUUAUUUUUUAAGCACUCAAUUUUUAUUUUUUUUUCAACUUUCAAAGUCCUGCAAAUAACAUUUGCAAAUGUCAGGCAAGUAAGACAAGUGAGGCAAUAGACACUGAAGUGCAGAGUCCUGCUGAUAUGUACAGUGAUGACUUCCAAACCAAAGGGGAAUGAAAAAGAAUGAUAAAGUAUUGUAGAUGGUUUGUCACUUUGUAUUAUAGAAAGUGUUAUUUUCAAAAAAAAAAAAAAAAGUAAGAGCAAAACAUUAUUUUCCUGUGGAUUUCAGAGUCCCUUGUAUUUUAAUGUUCCAAAAACUGUAUUUGCUUUAAAAUUAUAUAUUCAAGAUUAAGAAAUCUUCUUUCAUUUGGUUUUAGCUUGUAACGAUAAAUAAAACUUUAUUAAUUUCAACAUGAUUUCAGUAAGAACUCAGGCAGAAAAAAUGACGUGAUUACCAGAAAUAUAAUUGUUUUCAGAAUAAACUUUAUUUAUACAAAAUUAAUAUUUAAAUCAGACCUGGAAGUAUUAAAAACAAUUUAUUCACUUUAAUGAAUAAAUAAAUUAGUUUUAUUUUUAUGUAUGAUUCUAUCUUUGAGGAGUUGCAAAUAAUGCAUGCACCAUGGAUGACAGGGAAGAUGAAAAGCCCACCACUGUGUUUAUAUCCAGACAUCUUUGAGACAAAUUAAACAAGCACCUUGCUCAUACUUAUGUUUUAAAUAACAGAAAGCCCUUUCUGGUUUUAGAAAGAGAGAGGAGUGGUGCAAUUCUGCAGCACAUUCAGGCCAAGCUCUCUGCUCAUCCCUGCUGGCAGAAGCAGAGGAGCUGGAGCAGAACUCCUGGUUGCAGCACACUGUCAGAGUCAUGGGUUUGAUUUGCCCUGGCAGAAUCCCAACUGGUGUCCUGGCAAACAGGCCUUAGAGUCUAUUUAUGUAAUUAAUUAGCUUUAGGUAUUUUUAUGGCAGCUGAAUGAUAUUGGCCAAUAUAAUGGAUGAUGUGGGGUUUGCUCGUCAUGGUUGUCACAAGGAGAAAAGUAUAGCUUAUAAUAUUUUGGUCUUCUUAAUGAGAAGUGAGUGGAGAAGCUGUAGGUUGGAGGACGUUUGUGGGAGCAAUCCAGAACUGACAGUGUGGGAGGAAAUGACUGUGCUCCUGUUGUGAAAGUCAAGAAAUCUCAGUAUCUGCAUAAGAAGCUAAUAGACCUUUGAGGUGUGCACUGACUUUUAUUUGCUUAAAAUGCUUAUUUCUCUGAGAUUAAGCUCAAGUUCUUUUCUACAGUCUGUCCUUUACUAUAGUGUCUCUUGACAUGUGCCAAACAUCCACAAAAUGGAAAUUAGGCUGCCAGGUCACAUAAAAUUUUAAGAGAGUUUUGCACUUUUUCUUCAAGAAACCUAUUAUUUAUUUGCUCUUACAGACACCUGUCAGGCACUGAUGGCAUUUUCCUUCAUUCAUCUGGAUGCCUGUCCUGGUUUUCACUGGGCUGAGGGGGGGAGAAGGGGAGGGGUUGAGUGAGUGGCAGUGAGCUGCCUAAUUUCCAUCCAGGUUAAAACACAACUGUCCCAAAUACCCCAGGAUGCUCUGAAAGCAAUGCAUUAGGGUUUUUUUUUCCCUUUACAUGCCCUGGUGUAAAGACUGGGAUAUGAAAUAAAUGUAGGAUGUAAUUAUUUGACCACAAUCACAUUUAGACAAUUGGUAGGUCUUUUCUUAGCCACAUGGGAAGUACUUUUCUGUUCUCCUAUUUUUAGUGUAGAUUUAAGCACUUUGAAUAGCAUGAUUCAGGGAUUGACAAAUACUAUUUGAUAUUCUCACUACUUAAAGAAAGCUUUUCUUAUAAUGUUUUGUCAUAAUUUUAAAUAUAAGAAAAACAAACAAAAAAGAUAAAUCACAAAACCUGAAAUAAGUGGAGAAGUUUUCUGUGGCUUUAGAAACAUUCCUCCUUAAUAUUCCUCUUCUGUGAACAGCUCUGUGUGGGGAACAGUGAAGGGAAGUGUUGUGUGUUCACGUGCUCUAUGUUGGACAAAAAUUCUGUUGGAAUGCAAACUAAAAUGGAAACAAGCAAACAAACAAACAAACCAACAAAAACUGUCAUUGCCCUAGUGCUUAGGCUCCAUCAUUUUUGGUCAAGGUGUUUUGAUUUUUGACAAUGCAGCCUGAACUGUGCAUGCAAUAGUUUAGCCAUAAGCAAAUAGCACUUUAUUUUUUAAAAAAAGCACAGUGUAAUGAUCAGAAAAACUUAAUCUGCCUGGUCAAUAACUUUGGGUCUGUAUGUGGAUUCUAUGCACGUGAAUUAUCCAAGUGUGGUGCUCUGUCUUUAUAAGGCUCUCUCUAAUCAGGGUAGUCCAUGUUAUAAAAGGACUCUUGUUACACAGCUUGUGUAAAUUCACUAUAUAGGUUCUCCAGACAGCAUAUAUAGCUGGACAGAAAUAGGACACUGUAGAAUGCAGCUAAUUAUUUUGAAGGCAAAAUGUUUGGCUGGGUCUGAUUCUGUUCUCAGUUAUAGCACGAUGAUUUGAGAGUAAAUCUAAUAAAUCUGAAUGAGUGCAAGAUUGAUUUGUGUGGGAGAAGAAAAUUGGAAAAGCAAAGAGAAAAGGAAUUCGUAUUUGCUGUCUGUAACAAGCUGAAAUCUUGGCUGCAAGGAAAGGAAAAGCAAAAUGCCUUCUGGAUUUUAGUGGGGACCCAGUUGUCACCUGGCAGCCAACAUCAAACACUUUUGAUAUGAUCUGGCUCAGAGUUCAAUGCCAUUAGGCUUAAACUAAGAUUUUUCUAUUACUGCACAGCUGUGAACACCAUGUGUAUUUUACAUAAUGAGUGAUAAUCAGUUUCAAAAUAGUCAAAAGCUUGUUAUACCCUCCUGAUCAAAAUUCACAAAGUUUUAUUUGGAUAUUGUGCAUUAAUGACCUAUUUAAAUUAUAGAUAGAGCAGUGAGAUUUGGGGAAAAGUGGCCUAGUAAACAGGAUUCCUUCAUUUUUAAACUAAAAAAAAAAAAAAGAAAAAAAGAUGAAAAUGUCAAGCUAAUAAGCCUAAGAGUUUAAUUAAAAUCCAAAGGAAGAAAAAACACAGUAGUAAAGUAAGCUCAAAAAUAGAACAAUGGCCAAUGGACAAUAAAGGGCAAAAUACCCACUUGCUUUUUUGACUGUAUCGUGGUUUUUUUUGUCAUGCAAAGCUCUGUACUCUGGCUGACCUACAUCAAGCAACUGGCUUUUUUGGAGGCCAUCCAGACAGAUCAGCAACACAAAUAUGUCCCUGUAUGUCUAAUACACUUCCGAAUGAUUUUGUACUUGUUGAUAGUCUAGCAAAGAGAGAUUUUUGUUCUUCUUCUAUUGUUGUUAUAAAGAGGAUGGCAAAAAUCUGCCAGCGCUAAAAUAAAGUCUCUGUAACAGACUUAGUUUAUUAACUGGAGUAACUAUAUUGCUUCAUUCCCACCCACUAUCUGGUUUGCUGUUAUUAAAGCACUUUUUCUAACCCAGUUGAGAAAUAGGUUAACGUGGCUGGCAACAGAAGAAGUGUAAGCAACUUCAUAACAAUGAGUUUCCUUGUAUUAUGAGGGCUGCAAGUUUCCUUGCUUUUUAUUUUUUUGUAUCAACACAACUCUUCACCCCCUAAAUAGCCCACUGAGUGGAGGUUGAAGAACACCAUUGUGUCUUUAAUUUCAGAUUCACUGAAUUUAGCAUGGAUACUGAGCUGUUGUUUGUGAUGUAAUGCUGGGCCAUUUUCCAUUGACUCUGUCUCUAUCCUCCAAGAAGAUGUUGGCAGCAUCACACUUCACCAAACAGCCUUGAUGUGAUGUUCCAAAAUUCAGAGUUGUUGCCCUGGGGAGCAAAACUGAUAAAAAUGUUUCAGCUAUUAAGAGUUUUCCUAUGCCUGCUUUUUUUAUUUUGUUUGUUUGUUUGUUUGAUUGUUUUGGUUUUGUUUUGGGGGGGAGGGUUUGUUUAAAUUUUUCUUAUAACAAAGUUUAACUUUUGCUCUGGACUAAUAAGCUCUGGGUGUAGUUUUAGAGUCCACAGGGUCAUGAAGUAGUCAGAGAAGAUGUUGAAAACAUGUCAAUUCUGAAGUUCAGAUUACUGAAAAAUCAGUAUAUUUUUACUGAGGGUUUUUAAAGGGAAGUCUUCAACUUGCAAUUACAACCAGCCUCAUCCCAAAAGCUUACCAGCAUUCUUAACACUAAAUAGCUAUUACCUUAAAUAACAUAAUUUCAGAAUCAUUAGUCAAUUCAAAUAUUUUUAUUUGGGAGGACAAAGAGUUACUUGUUUCUCUAGGAUCUAAAUUUUAAAUAAAAUAGAUUAUCUGGUACUGAACAUAUAGAGAGUGCAAACAUUUAUUUUCUUGGUCACUAGUACUGGAAAAAUAAUUUGAAACAAAAUGCGAGAGCUAAGAAUUUGAGGGGAGUAUUACUGACAUCUCUUAACCAUCAGCAUAUGGCUAAAGGAACACACAAAUUAUGAAAAAAUAAAAUAGAUUUUUUUCUUACCUUUUCUUUCUCUGUUAAUCAAAUUAGCUCUCUCUCUCUGCUCUCCUCAAAAAUAUAGUCAUGUAGGAACAAUUAAUACCUACGGAGCCCAUACUCUUAAAGACAUUUUGUGACAGAUAAAGAAGUGGAAGCCAGAACAGGCAGCUGCACCACGUGUCUAUGGCUGAGAAGCUCCACAGAGGGGAAAGUGUGUUCCUGUGUGUGGAGGAGGAGAGCACAGCUCCCUUUGGCCUCAUGUUUAGUUACUCCUGUGCCAGGUGGGUGCAGAAGGAGCCGUGGGCUCAAGGUAUCACCACUGUCCUACCUGCUGUAGGCAGCACACAGGGAAGGUGGGCAGUACGUUGCUACUGAUGUUAAUGAAAAUAAACAUGAGAGCUGUCAGAUGUCGAGGAGCAGAUACCCAAUGGCAAAGCAGGAACAGCUGACAAUAUUUCCCAUUUGCUCCAUGCUCAAAAUAAACGCCAGCACUGAGCGUAGAAAGAUGUCAGCUUGCUUGGUUAGUGUGCAGUCCACUAAAUGACAGCUACAGGAAAUUGCCAUCUCAGUCAGGUAACACCACACCUGAGCACCCUUGGAGAAAUUUCCAUCCCCCCAUCCCAUCCCAUGCCAUCCUCUCAUAUCUAUUUACCUUGCAGAAUUAGAAGUACAAGCACUCAAAGCUUGCUGCAAGGCCUCAGGUUGGGAUCCACACUAAAACUCCUGGCAGAGAUGUUUAGGUUGAGUAGAUGUCUUCUUUCCUGAGAUUUAGAGGAGUAAAGCUUUGAGCUGAAAAAAGGCUAUAUUUUUUGUCCUCUGCACCAUUUUUCACAUCCACAUAGACUGCUUAUAUGAAUCCACAUCCUGUUACUAUUCUGAUCUUCUCUGAGGUAAAAAGAAAGUCUUGAAAAUGUCAGUUAUGGGCUCAAAAUAUUCCAUUAAGCUGCAGUCUGCACACACACAUCUGAAAAACAAACAUAAUGAAAGAACAAUAAAUUAGCAAUGCAAUUACUUAAUCUUUUUAAACCUGGGUUUAGACGAUUCUUUUUCAAGAGCUUUUUUGUCCAGAUGUUUUGUAGGAAGUUAAGUAAGAGAAUUUCCAAAAUUUUCUCUCCAUUCUUUGCAUGACAGGUAAAUCAUAGAGAGAUUUGUUUAGGAAAUCUCACUAUUCCUUGUAAAUUUAAAACACAAAUGGCAAUGAAUUUACAGACAUACAAGAAGUUGUUUGCCAGAGUUAAUAUCCUCUGGUGAAGAGCUCACUGCAGCCCUAAUUGACUUCUUAGGAAUGUUUUAGUAGAAAAUGUAAACAAUUGGUAUUAUACAUUUACUUUCACCAUCACAUGAGAACACUGUACAUUUCAUCUUAAGACCCAGGCAACUUCAAAUGGAACAGUUAUGUAAAUACAAAGCAGUGAGGAGAACAGUGACACAACUGUCUCUCCAUCUAUCUUAGCAAAAUAGUUCAGUGACACCAGGCUCCUUCUGUGAGACCUCAACCUAUGUCUACCUCAGCAAAGCACAUGAAUCUGCAAACUGUGCAGAUAUCUGGGACAAAAUCAUUGCAAUAAGCACUCUCAAAUCUUAGUUACAUCACAAAAAGCACUUUAUGCAAUUUUAUUCCUGUUCAUCGGUAUUUUAACUUGUAACCAUUUAAUCAUAGAACUGUACAAUGAAAUAAAACAAGAAGCACUCAAAAAACGGCAAGGAAGUCCCAAAAAUCUUUUUUUUUUUUUUUUUAUAGCAAGACAUUUCCCAUGUGCUGCAAGGAGAUGACAAACUUGUAAUCAAGCCAUUGCUAGGGAUACAGUGACACAGACACAUUGCUGGGGUGACACAGGGAGGGAGAGCUAUAGGGAAGGUCUUCAUUGGUCAUGUAGGUUAACCCAACUAGUGUUCAUCUAGUCCUACUGCCACAGGAAAUUACAGAUACCUUUUUCCUGGAAACACAAAUUUGGCAGAUAUUUCCUUCACCAACUCUUUGCUAUCUGAAGCUGUUUACAUAACCUUGUUAGAAGUAGGAAAUUAUUUUUUUCCUAGUUAACAGGACCUACCUGAAUAUCUGCCAAAUUUCCUGUUAUAAAUAAUGGUGUCAGUACAGUUCAUCUCUUCUUUUCUCCGAUUACCUCUUCACUCUUUAAACAAAAGAGUUUGUGAAUAGCUCUCAGUACCACAUAGCAAAUACCAUUCCUACAUUUUUUUAAUGUUGUUAGCUAUUUGAAGAGUGAGAAGCAGCAGCAAAGAUUCUGUCUCCUUGAAAUUACUCUUGCCAAGUUGUUCUUUAGGGAAUGUUGAAGAAAAAUUCCCUCUUAGUCAUCUUGGGCACCUUACCAGAUAUACAACUUUCAAGAUCCCCUCAGACAUCAACCUAGAGCAUAGGGAGCUGGACAGAGACUGAGAUGCACAUGCAUGCAAUUUUCAAAAAUGUUUUCAUUCCUUGUAGCUCCUUGAAUUGUGUUUUUGUUUGUUUGGACUUGCUUUGCCUUGUUCAGAUUUUUUUUCAUAAGGAGACAUCAGGACUGAGAUACUAUUGCACUACAUGAAUUUAUUAGAAAGAAUAGAGUGGAAGUCCAGAGAACUGGAAUAAAAUAGUCAUAAAUGAGGCUGAAUGUCUCCUAACUGUGCACAUGGCAACUGUUCAAAGAGCUGCUGGCUCUCCUUAGCUCCCACUUCAGUCAGAUCUCCACUUCAUAGCCAAUCCAAAAAAUAGGUCUUUUAAAGGAAAAUGGUGCUUUCAGGUCCCAUUAUACCUGGAGUCUCAAGCAGAGUGAGUCUGAUUCCCCCUGCUGAGAAAUGAGUUUCCUUUGAAAAGCUGAGGUCGCCUCAUCCAGUCUUCUGAUUGCUAUCUGUUGGCUUUCUAAGGCUCUCCAAAGCCUUGAAAAAUAAAAUAAAAAUCAAAUAUUUCAAAGUCAAGGUGAAUCUAUGUGAAUUUACAAAAACAUCAUUGGUUGUUUCAAAUAUCUGACAAGAACACAGUUAUCUGCCCCUUCUUCCAGUUACUCUUACAGUUCUUCUGCCCUAGAUAGUAAUUUGCUAUAAUUUAUUUUACAUGUCCUGUAAAAAUAUGACCUAAGAUAUUUUUAUAUUAUUCAGAAAACUCAUAAAUAUUUUAUAAUAUCUUCAUCAUAAAGGUUUGAAGAUUUGUUAAUGAUUCAUGUUCAGCAUGUUAAUAAAGUUAAAGAAGGCAGCUGCCCAGUGCUGGGUAGUGGUGAAGCAGCAAAAAUUAGUGGUGGAGGAUGCUGAAAGACAAAAUGCUAAUCUUAGCUUUCACAGUUAAAAGGAGUUAAAUUAUCUCCCAAUAAUGCAUUUAAAUAUCCACUGCUGUCACUCACAGCAGUUUUGAUCCGCCUAUGAAUUUUGCAAGAAAAGCACACUAUUAAAUUCUGUGCAGUUACUAGUGUCAUGAGACUGUUCAUAAUAUAUAGAAUUAAGCAUAUGCACCAUUUCAUAAGUGAAUCCUUUAAUUAAAAUAUUGUACCUUCUGCACCUUCUUCAGAUGACAAGAAAACAAAAUGACCAAAAAGAUCUUUAACAGAAAGAAAAUAUGUCUGGUUGAAAUACUAGAAGAAAAAAUUCAUCACCUUCUCUUUCAUAAAAAAAGUUGCAAAAGUAACACAAAUAAAGCAGUUUGUCUAGGGGCUUUAGUUCCUUUAAUUUUGCUCAGUUACUUUACUCAUCUCAGAAGGAGCUGACUGUCCAUAAACAGAAUGCACAACACAACUCAAACAGUAAUAGUCGCUUCCUGGGAGCCCACUGCUCCAAGUUAAUACCUACAUAAGCAUCUUGAUAAAGCACUUUGUUAAUAAAGCUCUCAGCUGGUCUUCCAUGAUCUGAGGAACCAGCAGAGUAGAACUGCUUUGUAGUUCAUAUUGAAUACAUGCACCUACAUUCAAGAUAUAAAUGUCUACUGAUCAUCUUUAAUUUUGCAUUGAUGGAAUGAAACAAGGAAGUGCCAUGGAAGGCUUUGGCAACUUUUAUCUUAAUUUUCUUAAUAGUUGAUUAAAGUAAAAAAAUAUUUCUACUGAAGUCAGUAGAAUUAACUGCAGCUGUGUACAACUGGUGCAAAAUAAAGAGCAGAAUCAGGCCCAGAAUUUGUGAGCAUGAAUUUCUGACUAUUCUAAAAUUUAAUUGAAGUUUCAGCAUCAUUGCCUUUUCCAAAUGUCCAUAACUAUUGCCAUACAAACCAUAAAUUAACAUAUGCAUUCUUGUCAAGGUUUUCUUUAAGGCUACAAGUACAACUAUAAUUUGGAAAAUGUCUCUUCCUUUAUACACUUUGUUCAAAAUCAUUAAAGUUAAAAUAGAAGCACUAAAGAUAAGUAGAAAUACAUCAACCUAUAUUUAUGCCUACUGUAUAUUAAAGAUUUUAUCUAAAGAGAUUAACUUAUAUUUAUUUUUUAAAAAAAUAGAGGGGUCAUAGCUAAAAGGAACUGCAUUUUUGUAGUAAUACUAUGCUUAUUGCUGAGAAGCAAGAGAGUCAUGAUCAAAAUGUUACAUAGUUUCAGUGUAUGUUACUUUAAAAAGAACAUGGUUUGUGUUAUCCUAACUUCUGGAAAAUUCAAGAAGCCUGGUAUAAAAAAAAA